ACCUUUCGUUCGGGUAAAAAAAUAUCAGUUGUAAUAGUUGAAGCCGUUCCGAAGAACCUGAACACUGCGGCGCCCUAUUCUGUCGUAUCGGAGAGUGUAGGGCCACCCCACCAACCUCCAGCAAUGGCGGAGAGUGAGAGUCGAAGCGUCGCCGAAGAAACCUUGAAGCCCUUUUACCAGAGGGCCUCUGAAGCCGAGGACCGCUUAUCAAGGCUUGAAGCUGCCCUCGCAAGCAAGAAGGAUUCUGCAACUGAUGGUUCUUCAAAGGUGAUCAACGAACUCCAGUCACAGAUAAAAGAUGCAUGUGCGAAGGUGUCUUUAGAAGAAGAAAAGAACAAGAAGCUUGCUGCUGAAAAUGCAAAGCUCCAAUACCGCAUACAACAUCUUGUUCAGGCAGUGAGAGAUGGUGAUGACAAGUUGGAGAAAAUGAAAGUAACGAUGCACGAGUAACUGGGGACAUGGAAGUCGGAUGCAUAUGAUCGUGAACCUAUAUAAUUAUUCCUCGCUAACAGAUUUGAGCUGGAUUUGCUACAUUAUAAAUAUAUAAUUAUUGAUAAAUGUUAUACCGCAUGAUUCCAACAUCUUGUACUUAUUUUUAGCUUUUGCCUUUCCGGCAGAGAGAUGCUAGAUUAUAUAAUGUAGCCUUGCUACUUGGGAUUCAGGAGA